AUGGACCGCACUCAAGAUGAUUGCAAGAUAGAUCAGGUAGAGCUGGCAGAUACUGUCAAGCAUACUGAGGGCCUCUCCACGGGAGACAUGUUGGCGACUUAUUCCCCUGCGGAGCAGAAGAAGGCGUUGCGCAAGCUGGAUUGGAACAUGAUUUCUCUACUGGGUGUUCUCUACAUGCUGUCCUACAUUGAUCGCGGGAAUUUGGGAAAUGCCUACACUGCGGGAAUGGGGUCAGAUUGGGGGAUUACCUCCGACCAGUACUCCUGGAUCAUAACGGCCUACUACCUAGCUUAUAUUGCCUUCCACUGGUUUGUUCUCCUUUGGAAGCUGGUAUCUCUGCCUAUGUGGGUUGCUCUCAUGGCGUUUGGCUGGGGCGCCGCCAGCAUUCUUCAAGCUGCCACGACAAAUUUCGCUGGUAUUAUCGUGCUCCGGUGCCUGAUCGGAGCCUUCGAGGCCGGUUUCGCCCCCGGAGUGGCCUUGUUCCUAUCCUUCUUUUAUCACCGCUCUGAGAUGGGACUGCGCUAUGGCCUCUUUAUCUCUUUCUCUCCCAUUGCCAAUUGUUUUGCGUCGGCUUUGGCCUAUGGGAUUGUACAGGCCGAUGCGGGUCUGGCGCAAUGGCAACUCUUGUUCAUCAUAGAGGGAAUCCCCACUAUCCUGAUAGCCCCCCUUGCAUACAUGUUUCUUCCACGGGGCCCCGGGGAAUGUCGACUUCUCACGGACCGCGAGAACGAGAUCGUGCGCCUGCGCGCGCUCAAGGCCCGAGGACACGAAACCAAGGGCGAGCUGAACCUGAAGCAGGUCGUUGCCGCCUUCACAGACUAUAAGAACUACUUCCAGGCUGUGAUCAUCUUUUGUCUCAAUGCUGCCUUCGCUGCCCUUCCUGCCUUCCUCCCCACCAUCAUCGAAGAUAUCGGCUACACCUCCAUCCAGGCUCAAGGUUUCUCCGCUCCCCCUUACCUCGCCUCCUACUUUGUUUGCCUCGCCGCUUCCUUCCUCUCAGACCGAGUCGGCAACCGAUCCUACUUCCUCAGCGCCCUCAGCUGCGUUGGUGCCGUCGGAUAUCUCCUGCAAGCACUGCUAAAGACCGGCGGUGUACGUUACUUCGCAACCUACCUCAUCUGCGGGUGUGUUUUUCCCGCCGUUGCGCUGACCUUCACCUGGGUCACCGACAACCAAGGAUCUGCGUCGAAGCGAGGCGCCAGGCUAGUCAUCUUUGGAAUGCUAGGACAGACCGGGUCGAUUGCCGGGUCGCGAUUCUUUCCGAAGGAAGAGGGCCCGUUCUAUGUAAAGGGGAUGGCGAUCAGUGCGAGUCUGUUGUUCUUUGCGGCGAUUGUGGCCCAAGCAUUGCGGUUUUUGAUGUGGAGGGAGAACAAGCGGCGGGAUGCUCUCCAUGGGGUGGUGGAUACUGAUGAGAUGCCAGAGGAUGUGGUUAACUCUGGGGAUGAUCACCCCAGCUUUCGAUUUAUUCUGUAG